CCUCGGUGAGAGCAGCUUCACGUCUCUUGAUUCUGAACAAGAGGACAACAGGACUAAAUCUGCAUCUCAAAGAUGGACGGUGGACUCCAGAGAGAAGACCCAGGUGCGAGUUACUUCAGGGAGUCCCUCAGGUUGAGAAGGCGUCCCUCAAGGGUCAGCAAUCAGCUGAACCGGGACUCCAGCUCUGACGAGGAUGAGGAGGAGGAUGAGGUGGACGGUGAGGAUCAGGCCCGGGAGCUGAGGAACACGCCUUUCUCCAUGGCACUGAAGAAGGCGGUCCGACAGGCGCAGCUGAUGAAGAUGCCUGUGGUAUCGAGCUCCAACUCCUGGAAAAUGAAAAGGUCCAAAAUUUUGCGUCAAUUAAAAAGCAGCGCCAGAGAUGUUGUUGGCUAUUUGACUCUGUGGGACAAGACCCUGCAAAAGAUUGGAGGGAACUUCGGAGGUGGUGUCCAGUCUUAUUUUUUGUUCCUGCGGUUCUUGGUGGUUCUCAAUUUUCUUUCUUUCUUGCUGCUUGCGGCUUUCGUCAUAAUCCCCAGCAUCAUCUUCAGUAGAGUGGGAACCAGCUUCAGCAACACUUCAGAGACCCUGAACCUUUGUGCUGACUGUGCAGCUGAAUGCAUGGAGUAUGAGCCCAAUCCUCAAGGCCUGAGGAUGUUCUACAGUUACUUCCUCGACUUACUCUCAGGAACGCAUUUUAUGGAGUAUACCUAUCUGUUUUACGGCUACUACAGCAACACAGUUUUGGAAGACAGAAACUUUUCCUACAACAUCCCCCUAGCCUACCUCUUGACGGCAGUCUUCUACUUGGCCUUUUGUCUCGUUUGCAUCAUUGCACGCAUGGGGACCGCAGCUCGGGUUGCCGUGGUAACGGGAGGCAGCACCGUGGGUAACUACAGCAUGAUCGUCUUUUGCGGAUGGGACUACGGUUGCUUAGGAGACCGAGCCACCAAACUGAAGCAAAGAAACGUCCUGUACCGACUGCAGGUGGAUCUGGAGGAGGAGGCCCUCAAGAGACGGGCAGCUGCUCGCACCCUCAAACAGAGAGUGCUGCUGUACUCUCUGCGUGUCGCCAUGUUUUUCGUUGCACUCGGGCUCAUCAUUGCAGCUUUUGUUGGCAUCUUUGAAGCAACCAACUUCAGUCAGGAAAACAGGCAAGAAGAAGGGUUCCUCAGUUUGCUUUUGGAGUAUCUACCAUCCAUCGUCAUCACAGCUGGAAACUUUGUGGUGCCAAUGCUGUGUGAUCAGAUUGCCUUAAUAGAGCGAUAUACCCCCAGUACUACUGUCAUACUGGCUCUACUGAGGGCUGUGUUUCUUCGUCUGAUGAGUCUUGCCAUCCUCCUUAUAACUUUGUGGCAGCAGAUCACCUGUGAGGGCGACACGGAAAGUCAGAAUUGCAAAUUAUGCCUCUACAACCAUGUAGACUAUCCGUGCUGGGAAACACGCCUUGGGCAGGAGAUGUACAAGUUGACUUUGUUUGACUUCCUCGUCAGCGUCGCUGUCCUCGUCCUGGUCGAGUUUCCACGCAGGAUGGUGGUGGACAACUGGUCCAAUAAGCUGGUUCAGUGGUUUGGUCGUCAACAGUUUACAGUUCCCGCCAACGUCCUGGAGCUGGUUUAUGGGCAGACAGUGGUCUGGACCGGAGCUCUUUUUUGCCCUCUGCUUCCUCUAAUCAGCGUCGUCAAAUUUGUCUUGUUCUUCUACUUCAAGAAGAUCAAUCUUUUCAAUAACUGCCGGCCAGCACUGAGGACAUUUAGAUCCACCACCUCCACCGUCUUCUUCCUGAUGGUGCUGCUGAUUGGCUGGUGUUUGGCCGCGGCUGUUGUGAUUUACAGUAUAGCUGAGAUCCAUCCAUCGAUAAGUUGCGGGCCUUUCCGUGUCUCCUCCAACAUUUGGUCAAUUGUUCCCAGCUCCAUUUUAAACCUCUCUGAAGUUACACAAGAGUUUCUCUUCUUCAUCGGCUCGCAGGCCUUCGCUAUCCCUCUGUGUGUAUUAUCAUGUGUGGUGAUGUGCUACGUCAUAGUUUUAGCUGCUGCCUAUGGAAAAAGUGUUUCACUACUAAGAAAACGGCUUAAAAUGGAAGGCCGCGACAAGCAGUUCUUGGUCAAGCAGAUUGGAGAGCUGACUCGGAAACUUCAAAUACCAAACUCUGAAUGAUGCUGAGCUAUUCAUGCAGAUUAAAGCAGCUGAGAGAACGUGUGUACAUAACAAGCUGCUAUAAGUUGUGCAAUUAAGGUUUUUCCGGACAAUGAUGCAACAGAAAUUUAUUUUGACAAUAAUUUUUUAUAAGGCAGUGCAUUAAAUUGAGAUAU